UGCCCACUCUCAGCAGUUUGAGCCGUGACGUACCCACUGACACUGACACGCGAGUUUUCACACGGGUGCUCCAUCUGCUUGCGAGGGCGACUAUUUGGAGAGAUAAACUGCGCCUGGCUCCUGAGCCGCACGGACAGCUUUCUUUCCGCUAUUACCUGCACUUGACAGCAAGCCUUUACCUUCCUGUCGCUCAGUCCACCUCAGUCCAGCAGGAGGGAGAUAACACCAGUUUGCUCUCCAUCGUCACUCAGACUGUGGCCACUAAGACGUUUGGAAGAUUCUGGGCACGUUUUCCCAACACAACAAAGUGAGAUUUAACGUGCAGCGCGAGAAGAUGCUGGAUCGCAGUAACCAAACUGUUCUGUCAUUGCUCUUUGGAUGCCUGGCUUGUCUUGUGGUGACCUCUGUUGUAAAUGCAGACGGUCGAGUGUUUGUGUUGGACCUGAGGAACUCCUCCGGCGUGCAGGGCUUCAGAGAUGCCGAGCGGGCUUGUGCCUCACUACAUGCCCGCUUGGCAUCGUCGGCGGAGCUCCGUCACGCUGUGGUGGAGUGCUUCUUCUCCGCAUGCACCCGUGGGUGGCUGUACGGAGGUUCAGUGGGGACCACAGUGUGCAAUGCUGUAGGCGGAGCCCUGAAAGCAGUGGAUGUGAGAACAGAAAAUGCGACAGAGGACAGCGCACACCUUGACGCUUUCUGUAUCAAAGACAAAGGUGUGCCGUGUGGUGACCCUCCAUCUUUUCCUCAUGCCCGUCUACAGGGGCACUCUGGAUAUGAGAUGGGAGAUGAACUGCUGUACACAUGUCUGCCAGGUUAUGUAAUGCCCAGUGGGAGCAGAGCCUUCAGCCUAUUGUGUGACAGCUGUGGAGAGUGGUAUGGAAUGGUGGAGAUAUGUGUCAAAGAUGAGACUGAGAGUCACAUAGACUAUGAGGACAAGUUCACAGAUUCCUAUGGAGAGGAAGAACAUCACAGUGAGAGACCAGAGGAAGCUCGUGGUGAGGUGUUUGAGGAGGUGCACAGAGCUACAUAUCCAGAGGGGAAAAUGAGUCAGGAGCAGCAAGAGACAAGCUUCAGUGUUGAAAUGGAGGAGCAUCAAGACCAACGUGGAGAGCAUGAGGUGGGAGCAGAAGUGACUGGCAGAAAAUUUGAAGGAGCUGUAGAAGAAGAAAAAGGAAAGGAAAGGGUUGCUGAGGACUCUAUAGGCCAUCCACAGUGGGAGCAGGAGAGGAGGGAGAUGGUCACGGGUGAUGCAGCUGCAGCCACAGAAGCACCCGUGUCUCUUCUCUCCCAGAAACACCUCUUCUGGUUCCCCUCAGAGGCCUUCCAGGAGGAAGGGCAUCCUGUGUCCUCCAGUCCAGUCACACAAAUUACACAGAGGGCCUCAGGUGCCCAAUCAGAAGAGAGCAAAGAGAAUGAGAGCCAAGAAAGGCACUACCAGGCUCCAGGUGAUAUUGACCACCAUGAUGAUGAGCCAAAUAGCUAUAAUGAUCAUGACACAGAUGACCGAGAUGAUCAUGAUGACAGCAACCCUGAAGACCUGGAUGUCCAUGAUGACAGUCCCCACAAUGAUCAACAUGACCCUAAUAGUCACCAGGAUGAAGAUGUCCAUGAUGAUGAUCGUGUGAAACAUUACAUUCCAGAUGAUCUGGAUAGACGUGACCGCCACGACAAUCAUGACGAUCAUGAUGAUCAUUAUGACAUGGGUGAACAUGAUGAUGAUGACCAUGAUCGCGUUCAUGGCAGCCAGGAGUAUGAUGAUCGAGAUGAUACUUAUGAUGAACAUGAGAGCUAUGAAGAUCAUGAAAAUCAUGGUGAUGAUGAUCGAGAACAUCCUGACGGCUCUAAGGAGCAUCCAGACCAAGAUGACCAUCAUGACAGUGAGGAACAUUAUGGCCUGGAGGAGGAUCAUAAUGACCGUUACUCUGAUCACGAUGAUCAUGACAGCUAUGAUGACCAUGAUAGCCAUGAAGAUAUUGAUGAUGAUCACCAGCAUGUUAUCUUUACAAUAGCAACAGAUGAACGUCAGAACGUCACUCAAAAGAGAGGAGAAGGAAAGGUCACCACAGAUGAGACCUGGCUGGACGGUUACCCUGUUGGCCCAGCAGAAAUGGAAAAUGGGGACACCACAACAGAAGGGGUAAGACUAGGGGAUAGAGAAAGGGGGGCAGUUGUCAGGAUAACAGACAAACCCAGUCAGGUGGAAAUUCAUAGACCCAGCCUUUAUACCAGUUCACCAGAGGUGCCCCAAUAUCCCACCACGGACCCUGCUUUAGAGCAAGGGGGAGUGGAGGAGGUGUGGCCUGACUUCAUCCCCACUGCUGCUCCCUUCCCUGACCCCUCCUCAGACUCCCCCUUGGACUCCGACACUCUGGAGGACAACACACAACGGGCAGCUCCCACCCACUCUUGGCUCGGUGACCUCACUGAGCACCCUCGUGACUCAGCUCCACCGGUGCACGAUGGUGACAUCCCGAUAGAAGGGCACACUGUGCACAACCUGCCCGGUGAGAGCGGUGAGAGGGGUGAGAUGGAGGGAGAGAUGGGGGAGACAGUUUGUACAGGUGAGAACUGCCCUCCUCCACGCUCCUCCAGCCGAGGUCCCACAGUGGCAGCCAUAAUUGUGGUAGUUUGUGCACUCGUGAUGGCAGUCAUUGUUGGGGUGUGGUGUUAUCGACGACAACAGCAGAAGAGCUCAGUGUACGAAAUGAAUGGAAAGGGCCAAUGUCAGACCAGACAAGGCCAACAGAUAGAGAUGCAGCAAAAAGUGUAAGAGAUGAGAAAAAAGGAACGCUGACAGAGGACAGAGACAUUUCGUAGGGAUGUGAAGAUUCAGGUGAAUUUUAGAGGAAAACACAGCCCCUCAUCUUUCUAAAUGAAGACUUUGGGUGUGUAUGAACACAUUUGAAGAGCAAACUCCUUACCAAACAAAGCAGAAAAUUUUGGAACAAACACUAUGAAAAGACACUUAACAUAAUGAAACAAGAUGGUACUAGUUCUACCUCUUCCAAACAUCCAUUUUAAGGAAUUCUACCCAUCUUUGUAAUACCUACCCACUGUUUUCAAAGCUUUGACAUCUAGCUGGACAGGUGGAGGGGCUGUGUCUGGUCUGGACUGAACUCCAGGACCUGAUAAGGAGAUUAUAGGGGAAUGACCAUGUGGGAAAACCACAGGAAAGAGGCAUAUGUGGCCUCCUGAAUAUAUGAACUGAGGCUUUAACCUCCAAAGCUCUUGGACAUUGUGGUAAAGAUUCUCUGUCUUACCUUGCUGUUAUUUUUGUUGACUUCUCUGACUGCAUGUUUAUAGUUGAUUUAGCUGUAUUGUUCUCUAUUCUCUAUCUUCUGUGUGCGUCUGAGUAUCUUGUUGAUGAAAAAACUGUAUUCCACUUGUUACUCUGCGACAAGAGCACUGAAGUUCAGAACACUUCAGCUCAUGGCAGCAGACCUGAGCAGGCAGUCCCAAAUGAAUGACGGGGCUUCUGUCAAACCAGCACGAACAGAAUGAACGAGUGGUAUACAAGGAAAAGGUGCGAAAAAGAAAGGAGGGCAGCCUAAGAUCUUCCUGCCUCAGAGCUGUUGGUCCAGAGUGCAGACUCAGCCCCAGGGUGUGUGUCUCAGGUCAGUGCAAGUCGCCGGUCAGAGGUGCACCUUGUUUGCUGACAGCCUUCAGACCAUCCAGACAUCAAAUGCUGUGCUGCUGCCAUGGCAACAGAGAGAAACUAUAGUUACAACCCCAAUAGUUUUAACUUAAGGGGGAAUUUUGGUAUCUUUAAACCCGGGCCCUAUAUUUACAUAUUUUGAUGUGUAAAUGAUUCAUAUUACCAGACGUUUUGUCAAUCACGCCAGCUGGCAGCCGCAACAAGACUGUAAUGGCUGCAACUUAAUCGUUGGGGCAACUCCGACUUUCAAAGUUGCGUCUACUAAAAGUGCUUCUUUUUCUACUCACUGAUUGUUACUCAAGUGUCUGACAACAUUGCGGAAAGGGUCCCAACAGAGAUAGUCCCUUUUGUUAAAGAGUGAAACCCUUUUGUUUAACCAGAAACACAAGAUUCGCUCGAGGAGAAGUCUCUGGCUCUGAAACCUUGUGAGAGGUGAGUUGUAGCAGGAAGACAGAAACAUGAGUUAGAGUUGGAAAGACCAAGAGGAUGUGCCAGCAGGAAUUUAUUUACAAAGUCAUGGCUGAAUAUUUAGCUGAUUUUGACAAUCAAGAUGAUGCCUUAGCUGCAAGAUCUCACCUCUCGUGUGAUUUCAGAGCUUUUAACAAGAAGGACUGUCUUCUUAGGGAUCCUUUCUGUAAUACUGUCAGAUACCUAUAGCAGCAAUCUCAGCCUGUGAGUGGCAAUAUCAUUUACUUUAAGUGGUCAUAACUCUGAAUUUGUGUUUGCCCAAAGGAUUAUGUUGCAUUACAGCCAUUGGUAGGUAUGAAUCUUUUACCCACCAAAAUAUGCAAACAGGGUGCAGGUUUAACAACAGGAUUAACAAUAAUCUAAAAUAUUCUGAUGGUUUAUCAUGUUCAAUUAUGUCUAAAUGUAAUAAGACAUAAUGUGGACUGGGGAAGCUCAUUAAUGUGGGUUAGAAUUAGGGCUGGACCACAUGCCCUAAAAUGAUCAAUUUUUGGCUUUAUAAUUAUAAAUGAUAAAUGUUUUUCAAUGCGUCUAAUUUUUGGGAAUUCAGACUACUUGACUACUUACUAAUUCAGAUUAUUGUCCAGUCCUUGUUCAGAUAAUGAAGGCUUUGACAGCAUAAAAUAGCUCUGCAUGAUUCUGUGACAUUUGCACUCUUAACAUUCCCUUCCUGUGCCAAAAUACUUAAGAGGAAGGUCAAAUGUUAAAAUAAAAAUGUGCAAAUGUAAAUAAAUUUAUAUACCUGAAAGAUUUAAACCUAGAUUUUAGAGUUUGUAGUUUUGGUGGUGUACAGACGCUACAAAGUAUGGCAAUAACUUAAAUAGAAAGUGCUUCACAUGUAAUUUAAUAUGAAAGGUGGGUGGUGGCAUGUAGUUGAGUCACUUCAUGGUGUCAUCAGUCAUGAAUGAUUAUUUAAUAUGUCUGAUGUAACACCCAGUGGUUCGCAGCUGAUUUCUCAAAAAGCAUUUGUAUCGAUUUAUUUCAAAUUGUUAAAAAUAUUUCACCAGUGUUUUCUAACUUUAACUUUCCAUAUUGUGGUGUUUGAAAAUGUCCUACUGAAAUCGUCCAAUUGUGCCGAGGACAUGGGGCCUCAAGUAACCUGAUGAUCUAUACAUUUUUGUAAAUAUGAACUGUAAUAAUUUGCUGUACAUGCAGUACUGUAGCCUUACUGGUGUGAGAAAUACAUGUUGACUUCUUCAUCAAGACAGUCGAGGGCAGUUGACAGUGGACAUUUCCUCUUCGUGUGUCUUUCACAGGAUCAGCUUAUCUCUAGUUUGCUCCAAAUCUACUUUACUGCCUUUUACUUUUUUUUUACUAUUAAACACAGCUGUUUAAACACAACUACUGUACUCAUGAUAACAUAAAUAAAACCACAUUGUAGAUUAUCAAACAAUAACCUCAUACACACCAGGUUUGCCACUUGGACCAUGCCUGAAGACUGAUUAUAAUAAAGAACGUUAAGAGUUGUG